AUGGCGGCGUCGGCCCGCUGGGUGCUGUGCCUGUGCCUGGGAUGGGGCUGCCUGUGCCUGGCUCUGGGGGACGCGCUGCGGCCGCGCCGGGUCGGGCUGCGGCGCCGGGCUGCGCCGGGGGCCGUGCGGGGCAGCCGCGCCCGGGCGGCCGCAGGUGAGGACGGCCCGGGGCAGCGGCGGCCCGAGCGGCCGGCGGCGGCGGACAGAGUGGCGGAGCACAUGCUGCGGCUCUACGAGCAGUACCGCGGCGGCCGGGACCCGCCGGCACCGCCCGGGCCCUGGCUCCGCCGGGGCAACACGGUGCGCGGCUUCCGCCCGCUGCCGGCAGGGAGCCCCAAAGGCCAGGAGAUGUACGUUUUUAACUUGACAUCACUCACAGAGUCUGAAAACGUCCUGUCAGCUUCAGUGUAUUAUUAUAUUGGUGAUCUGCUGCAUGUGAAAUGGAACUGUUCCCAGCCCAGUGGCUGUUCUCAUCAUUGGCACAAGAAACCUGAAAUUCAGAUGCGUCUUUCAGUUUGGACCUUUCCUUCAGCUGGGAACCUGACUCGGAGCCUGGGGCAUUUCCUCAUAAAUGUCUCCUCUGCUUACCAGGAUAUCCUUUCCUGGCAGUGGAAGGAUAUCACUCAGCUCCUGCAUGAAGCAAAACAAAACAACGAGCUGCUGAUCAGUGUUAAAAUGGAUCUGACCAGCCAUCCUCCCUGGGAAAGAGCAUCUUCCUCCUACGAGCCCUACAUCCUGAUUUACGCCAAUGAUUCUGCCAUCUCAGAGCCAGAGAGUGUUGUCUCCACUCUGCGAGGACACCGUCAUCCUCUGGCAAGGGUCCUUCCCAAGCCAGAGCUCCACAGGAGGAGCAGCGUGGAUAACCGCCGGAGGAAACGCUCUGCAAACGUCCUGUUGCCGUUGCAGAACAAUGAGCUCCCAGGAGCCAAGUACCAGUAUGGAGAGGAGCAGGCAUGGGAAGGCACAAAACCCUACAAGACCUUCCAGCCACAGCUAGCAGACAGGGCCAGGAGUAAGAAGAAGCAGAGGAAGAGUCAUCUCCAGAAGACCCAGACUCUGCAGUUUGAUGAGCAAACACUGAAGAAGGCGAGGAGGAAGCAGUGGAACGAGCCGAGGAAUUGCGCCCGGCGCUAUCUCAAGGUGGAUUUUGCAGACAUCGGCUGGAGCGAGUGGAUCAUUUCCCCUAAGUCCUUCGAUGCCUAUUACUGCUCAGGAGAAUGCCAAUUCCCAAUUCCAAAGGCCAUGAAGCCGUCCAACCACGCCACCAUCCAGAGCAUUGUGAGAGCUGUCGGAGUCGUCCCCGGCAUUCCCGAGCCUUGCUGUGUUCCUGACAAAAUGUCUUCUCUUAGUAUCCUGUUCUUUGAUGAAAACAAGAACGUGGUUCUGAAGGUGUACCCCAACAUGACAGUGGAGUCCUGUGCGUGCAGAUAACGCCUUGGGGGCCCUUUGGGCAAUGCCAGGUGAUGGCUUGCUGUUUGGGGAAGGGGGUGGGCAGGAGUCUCAUCAUACCUGCUUCGUGUUUGCACUGCCAAUGCGUUUCCCUGGGACAAGAAAGAGAAAAUGUAAAGAAAUCCAAGCAAUGAGAAUGGGACCAGGAUGGAUUCCAAAUAGCGAUUCCAAGGGAAGUGAAUACAAACUUCAUUUGUCCAUGAUUCUAACCGAGACACAAGGCUUGGGAGCGGGACCUGACUGUACCUGUUGGAAGCCAGAGGUGAAAGAAGAAUCUGCAGACUUUUGAGACUGCCCAAAGGACAUAGUGAUCUAUUUUUGUACAAGAUUUUGGAAGCAGCACAGGCUGGUACUUCUUAUCUCUGUUCUAAUGGUGACUAAUGGCAGGGGAAGGUUAGAAAUGUAAUAGUCUUCAUUUUAAAGCUAAGUUUCUUGCCCUAGGUUUUAGAGUAGUACAGCAAGGCAGCAAAACAAAUCUGACAUCCUGAAAGCUGCAGAUGACCGUGCAUCUCCUUGGUACGAGGUUACCCACCUGGUGUGCAAGUUCCUUUUCACUUGUCCUGCUCUGUAAUUCAGCUCCUGGGAGCUCAGUGGCACAGGAGCUCAAAGCAGGACUGCUGAGUGUGUCACUCUGAUUUCUAGGGAAACUCAGCAGGCCAGGGCUGUGGAAAUGCCACGCUCAGCCAAGUGUCCGAGUAACUCAUUCACCACGUGUCCUGGAACACACUUGCAAAUCAUCUGUGGGGUGUCUACCUGCGAGGGCACUGUGGCCAGGUUGUGUGCAGUGGCCUCUUCUCCCAGGUAACAAGUGACAGGACCAGAGGCCAUAGCCUCAAGCUGCACCUGGGGAGGGUCGGGCUGGACAUUAGGAAGGAUUUCUCCAUGGAAAGGAUGGUCAGGCAGUGGAAGGGGCUGCCCAGGGGGGAGCUGGAGUCACCCUCCACGGAGCUGUUCAGGAAAGGACUGGAUGGGGCACUCAGUGCUCUGAUUUAGCCAGCAGGGUGGUGAUUCAGUUCUUCCAUACUCUGGAGGCCCUGAACACAUCAGCAGCAGAGUGUCACUCCCAGGGCAGAACUGGUUCCAAAGAUUGGCACCCUCAACUGAGGAGAGGCUUGUGGGUUUGCAGGAUGGGUUCUUAAGUGGCUCCUUUUUCCUUGUAAAACCAGCAUUUUUAAAUGAUUUCUGGGGAAAGGUUUAUCUGUGUACAGACUGUCAAUUUUAAAAAGUGAAAAUCACCCCCCAAAAAGGAAAAGUUAUUUUGUAUAUGAAAGAAACUUUUACCGAUGCUUCUAAUUUAUUUUAUAUCCAUGGCCCUCCUAAUGUAUCCUCCUUUAUCUCAGCACUCUUCAAACCAUGCAGUUUUCUCUGUCAGUGCAGAGAUGAACUGCCAGGACCAUAGGAGAGCUCCAAAGGACAGGUGCACCCACAGUGUGAAGGGCAUGUUUCACUGCUGAUGGAUAAGCUUGUCUGGUCUGUGUUGUUUUCCUUCAGUAAUACAGAUGUUGUGCUUGGAAUUCUGGAGAGGCAUAAAAUAAAAUUACUUUAAAAUAAAAAUCCAUGUUUUCCUGUGUGGCA